GGUUUCAUAAAUAAUAGAGGGAUAGAAAUAGGGAUAAGGCGUUGCUAGGGCAUAUAUAUAUUUUUAUUUACAAAGAAAGUUAGGUCUAGCCACAAGAUUCGACGUCGGGUCGGAGAGAUAAUCGAUCAAUAUCAAUGGGGCGGAGAAAGCUUGAAAUAAAGCGGAUCGAAGAUAAUAGUAGCAGGUUAGUGGCGUUUUCGAAGCGAAGAACGGGAUUAAUAAAGAAAGCACGACAUCUUUCCGUGCUCUGCGAUGUGGAUGUCGCCGUCAUCGUAUUCUCCGCCCGCGGCAAACUCUAUGAAUUCUGCGGCAGCGCUAGUAGUAACAGUGUGGCACAUCUUCUUGCCAGGUAUGAGAAAAGCUGCCUUGAACCAGAAAGCGGGACCAUCAAAGGAGAUGACCUAGAUUUAGAACUUCCAGUGCAUGAGUGCACAAAAUUCAGAACAUGUAAAGAGCUUCUACAGGCGGUAGACAGGCUUGUUGAAGAGAAUAAUGCCGAGGAGCUCUCUGUGAAUGACAUGACACAACUUGAAGAAGAACUUCAUGCUGCUCUUGUGGAAACACGGUCGAUAAAGACACAGUUGAUGAUGAACUACAUAACAACUCUCCAAGAAGAGGAAAAGAAGUUAAACCAAGAUAAGGAAGAAACAGUGAAGCAGAUUGCAUCAAUGGAGCAUAUGUUUGCAGAUGUUGAUGAGGGUGGAGGGCAUGACGACCUUGCAAAUAACAAGAUGAAUUCGCCCCAACAUCUUCUCACCCUCUCUCUUUUUAAUGCCUAAAACUUCUCCAACUCAGUAACCUUAAUUAGUUGCUUCCACAAAGAAUUUGAUCCUUGCAAAUCUGAUCUUUAGAAUGGGGAAUUUAUAUAAGAAGCCAAUAAUAAUCCAAUCAAAGAGCAAAGAUAUAUAUAUAAUAUAUAUUGGACUCAUGCAUCUGGCUUUGUGGAGUGUAUCGAUCGAUCCUGCGUGUGUAAUUUGAGUGGGUAGUGUGGGGUUAGUUCUGCUAAAUGGGGCAAAUUACGAAUACGUGAACCGUGAUCAAGUGAAGAAAGCUGUAUUUUUUAUCGAAUGUUAUACAUUUCAUCCGGUUGGCGGUGACAUGUCCUUAUCAGUGAAACUUGCAAUCUAUUCCCAUCGGGUUAUCUUACUGAA